AUGGUCCUUCCAGAAGAGUGCUUGGAGAAUCGAGAGACAUAUUGCGUGCGAGGGCUUUUGAUAUGGUUCUUGAUCAUUCUUGGGGCGAUUUUUGCGUUUGUUCUAGGAGUUUUAUUUUACAAAAAGAGACGAGCGAAAAAAGAAGCUGCGAAUAGAAACGGGCCUGACAAUAAAGUAGUUGAACUGGACUCUCCAUUCAGCGUUUCUAAAAGCAGAAGAAAUUCGAUUGCGUUUGCGCGUGUUUCCACCAAUAUAUUCUUAGAGCUAAAGAAAGGCAAUGAAAUUCGCGAAAUGUCGAGAAGAAGUUCAGCGAUGCAUGAUAUUUUAGCCUAG